AUGGCAUACUCCACUAACAGGCUCGAGAAGGCCCGACGGCUCUUCCCAGGCCACGCCCAAACAGUAUUUGAAUACGAAGACAGUUACCACUUGAGAAGCCGAAACAAGAGUACCACGUCUGCCGUGUCCUCUUGGAUCGACAACGACAAGGACGACGAUUACACCCCUGAGCGAAGGUCUCGCUCGAAGCGUCCGAUGAACUCUGACAGGGAGGCUCGCUCACGGGCUAGACCUGCCAAACGAGCCAGAAGCCACUCACCUACCCCUACAUCCUCACUUGAUGCAGAUAACGAAGAAGAUGCACUCUGCUCGUCGGCUCCUGUCACUCCUGAAGUUAUCUCUGGUCAGUCAAAGUGGGAAGAUUUCUGGCAACCUCAGAUCGAGCGCGAUCCCAAGAAAGCCUACUUCUUUCGAGCACGAAAGGAUGCCGCGGGUUUUCCAGGCAGUCCGGACAUCGGCCAUGACACCCAAUCGGGCCUGUCCGAAGAUAUCAAGUCACCGGCAAAAGGAUGUCUGGCUUGCCAGGAACUGAACCUGGAUUGUUCGCUCGUUGAUGAUCCGUCUCACUAUCCUUGUGGAAAUUGUCGCGAUGACCAGUGCGACUGCAUUCCGGAUCCACCGCCUAUCUGGAAACGGCCGUGUGAACCGUGUAAGAGCAGACGUCGUUCAAAAUGCUCGUAUCUCUCUGGUGAAUAUGAUCAUAGCCAGCCUUGCUGGGAAUGUCUUCAGCAUGGUUUCCAGUGUGUUGCUGGUCCAGCCAAAUGCCAGCCCUCAGGUAAACACCUUAUCGAGAGCACGGAGACCGAGACUACGGAUGAAUACCAUGAUGAUGAGUCCCCGGAGGAGUCCAGCAGUGGACCGGAGCUGAAUUGGAAGGAAAUGUCAGAGCUACAGGAGCCCGACGGCAUCCUCCCAGCUACACCUACGGAUAUCACUCAUUCCAUUAUCAAUACAACCAUAUCGUCAACUCAGGACCCGUCGAUUCAGGAUCUCGAUGCACCCACUGGCUCUCGGCUGCCGCCAGGCUCUAUUCCUACAUUUGAUUACCUUUCGUCGAAUCCCUACGGGACAUCUUACCGAAUUUGGACCUACUAUCCACACCCUCUCACCAUCAUGAGUCCGAACACGGACUUAUCUUGCCAUUGGUGCUCCAACUUCGCAUACGGGAUUGUUGGACUUGGUGCUCGGAACACGGACAUUCUAGACUUUGAGACAGGGCGGUUGAUCGAGCUUAGCGAUGGACACCGAGGGGAAGCAAAAGAACCGAGUCGAAUGUGCUGGGAUUGUGCCCGCGACAGACUGCAGAUCAUGCAAUGUAGUCACGAUGUUAUUGCUCCUCUGUUGAACCACAUGAGCCCACAUAUUCCGUACAAUACCUCGGGAGCAUAUUAUCACCUUGCUCGGGCUCGGGCUGCUCUGCAGGAACCAUCAUCUCAAUUCUAUGGCCAACCAUUCCCAGAGGCUCCUCAACCAUGGUGCAGUCUUUGCCAGGAGCCUGCUUUCUGGUCUUGCGACAGUGACCAGACUGUCCAAGUUAGCUUCCAAGGCUCUUUCCAGAAUGUGACCCCUAUUGACAUUGGCUGCAGCCUGUUCCUCUGUGAUUACUGCGCUCACUAUGUCAAGCGGUUCCAGGGUGACCUUGAUCGAGUUGUGUCACGGGGCAGGCACAAUCCAGACAACAGAACCGAGUUCCGUACUGAUGUGGAUUAUAUCCUCAAGCACUCGAAUGAGAACUACCUGCGUCGCCAGGUCUACAAGCAUUAG